AUGGAUAGCACCUCUAGAUCACCCACACAGCUCCCGGAGCCGCCGUCUAGCGCACAGAAUGCCGAGAGCAGUAUAGCAACGCCGACAUCGACUGCGCAGCUGCUGCCCAACUCCACAGACAAACACCGCGCGCUCGACCGUAGCCCUAAUACUAACGAUACUGGCGCUGGGCCUGGCCCAGCGCCCAGCGCAGGCCAAGAGGCCCAGGAGGCCGCUCCUGAGGAGUGGAUCAGCGGAGUCCCGCUGCUGCUGGUGAAUACUGGAGUAACACUGGUGAUAUUUCUGAUGCUGCUGGAUACCUCAAUUAUCUCUACGGCCGUCCCGAAGAUCACUAACCAGUUCCAUUCUCUGGAUGAUGUGGCAUGGUAUGGGAGUGCAUAUACUUUGGCUAGGUAUGAAGUGUUAGCGAUACAAACGACGCAUCUUGGGGCUGACCUUGACGCCAGCUGCGCGUUGCAACCGCUGACCGGCAAGUUUUACACCCAUUUCAAGUCCAAAAUCGUAUUCCUCACCUUCUUCGGCGUUUUCGAACUUGGCUCGAUCAUCUGCGGUGUUGCCAACUCCUCUACGGCGCUGAUCAUCGGCCGCGCCGUCUCAGGCAUGGGCACUUCUGUCUUGCCUACUUCCCUGGCGGAGGGUGCUCAGCUGCUGACGGUAUUGGGUGUCGCAGCGCUGAUUGGGAUCAUGAUGGGUGUCUCACAGCUUGGCCUCGUCCUUGGACCGCUGGUCGGCGGUUCUUUCACGACGUACACAACCUGGCGAUGGUGCUUCUACAUCAAUCUUCCCAUCGGCGGGCUGGUGGCCAUCCUGCUCAUCUUCACACGCGUUCCCGAGCAACGCAGGAAGCCUCCCGCGCUCUCCGUCCUUCCAACCCUACAUAAAACCCUGGACCUGGUCGGAUUUGUGCUCUUCGCUCCCGCAGCGAUCAUGUUCCUGCUCGCCCUCGAAUACGGCGGGAACGAGUACCCGUGGUCUUCGUCCAGGGUGAUCGGUCUCUUUGUUGGAGCUGGUGCAACGGCCCUCGUCUUCCUGGGUUGGGAGUACCGCAAGGGCAAAGAGGCAAUGAUCCCAUUCCAUCUGCUGACGAUUCGCAUCGCAUACACGAGCUAUAUCGCCACGGGUGUGAUGUUCGGGCUGGCGAUGGCGAUCGCUUACUACGUGCCUAUCUAUUUCCAGGCUGUUCGAGACAACUCCGCGCUCAUGAGCGGUGUUGAUUUCCUCCCAUAUGUUCUUGGCCAACUCGUAGCGGCUGUCAUCACAGGAGUUCUCAUUGGCCGACUGGGCUACUACCUCCCCUUCGCCAUUGUCGGUGCAAUUCUCAGCGCAGUCGGCUCCGGCCUUUUCUCCUUGCUAUCCCCCACAACCUCAACUGUUGCCUGGGCGGCAUACCAGAUCAUCCUCGGCCUUGGGCGGGGAGCAUCAACGCAGCCUACCCUUCUCGCUGUGCAAAAUGGGGUAGCAGCCGACGACCUCUCAACAGCCAUGGCAAUUCUCACAUUCAGCCAGACAUUUGGAGGAAGCGUGUUCCUCGCGGUAGCGUCGGUCAUCUUCUCCGAGGGGCUGAAAUCGCAGAUCCCGCGGUACGCGCCGGGUGUUAAUCCCCAGCAGGUUAUUGCAGCAGGCGCGACGGGAUUUAGGGAUAUCAUUGGGGGCGAAGAUCUAAAAGGAGUUCUUAGGGGGUAUUCUAGGGCUAUAAAUUGGGUCUUUUAUUUUGUUGUCGGGCUGUCGGUUGUGCAGUUUGGUGUUAGUUGGGGAAUUGGGUGGGUCGACAUUCGGCCUAAGGCAAAGGAGGAAACCAAAAAGAACGGAUCAGAGGACGGGAAGGCGAUUGAUGAGGAGAAGGGGGUUGCUUGA